GAGGCGAGGGAGACUGCUGAGAAGCUCCUGAAGGAGCUCGAGGCGCUGGGGGCGCAGUCGGAGACCAUGAUCCAGGAGAUGAAGGAGAAGAGCGAGCCGCUGAAGGAGGCGGCCGAGACGAGCACGGCCCUUGUGGAGAAGACGGCCAAGGCCGUUGAGGAGAUGGGCAACAACGCCAAGGAAAAGGUGAAGUCGGUUGCCGAUUUCCUCAGGGAGAACAGCCAGAAGAUGAAGGUCCCUCCGAAGGAGGGCUCGGUAGACAUCGCCGCCGGGAUCACCAAGGCAUUCAGCAAAAACUCAGAGCACACCCGCGAGGCGGAGAUUGCCAUCACUUUUGCGAAGGCCACGUUGGCCAAGAUGGCGAAGAAGGCCAGGGCAACGAAGAUGAUGGAGGCCAUGUCCGCCACUUUUGCCAAGUUCAACAAGGCAAAGGAUGGCUUCAUGAGCAAGGGCGAGGUCAAGUCUUACGCGAGGACCACCUUCAAAUUCACGCUGAGCGACGCGGCCCUCAAGCAGAUGUUCGCCCUCCUCGGCGCAGAGAAAGGCGUGAAGAAGGUGAUGAUCGGCUGUGCCCGCGAGAAGGAAAAGGACGAGGAGCGGAGGAAGGAGCGACUGGAGAAGGAGGCAGUGCUCGAGGGGAUGAAGAAAGAGGCCAGAGAGCAGAUCGCCAAAGCGCUGGAGGCGAUCCUUGCUUCGGAGGAGCUCGUCAAGAAGGCGGACUCGGCGGCAGCGGCGGCAUUCGGCAAGGCUUCGAAGACGGAGGCCUCGGGCAUGGCGGGAGAGGCAGACGACUUGGACAAGCUGGUCGCGGAGGCGAAGGAGGACGUCGAGAAGACGAGGGGGGCCAUGAAGAGCCUGGCGGAGGGCAUCGAGGACGACAUCAAAGCGUGGGCGACUGGCGAGCUCCGGGUGCUGGAGGCGAAGAUGAAGACCUGGGACGCGAGGGUGAGCAAGGUGACGGCCACUGCGGCCAAGAUGCGCGACAUUGCCAAGAGGAAGGAGCUGGCCGAGCUCGCUGUGGUCGAGGGCCGUGCUCUCGCCAUCAUGAGGUUCCACCAGCGGGAGGAGAAGCUCAGCAAGGAGCAGCUGUUUGAGCUCUUCGACGCCGAUAAGGACGGCAAGGUCUGCGAGGCCGAGUUCGUCAAGUUUUUCGAGAACUGCAAGCGCCCGCCGAAGGCCAACGCGGAGAAGAAGGAGGGCGAGGCCGAGGCCGGCGGCGGCGGACGAGCUGGAGCCCGCUCCCGCGGCCGAGAGCCUGUCCAAGGUGUUCAAGGGCCUGGACGAGGAUGA